AUGUCUCUGAUGCUGCUGCUGUUCACCGUCCCAUGGACCCUCCUGACGACCGCAGCUUUACUCACACAAUCGACUACAAUCGAUUCGAAUACUGUCACGCUCCACCCUGAGAUUCGACUACCGUCGCAACGCGUUUCGUACGGCGUUCCCCAGCUUUUUCACGUUGUGGAGCUCCAACGGGGCACAGUUUACGAUAUCAAAGUAUCGUACCCCGCGACGCAGCCGUCCGUGUUCACGCUACAAGUCGAGCACGUGAUCCUCCCGCUAGUAGUAGAAGAUAAUGAUGAAGUUACGCGUGCAAUGGAUGACCAAUUUGUCAUGGAGAACAGGAGCCACUUGAUGCCUCCUCGACGUCGAAGGUUGAAUACGGCAAAGCUUCGAUUGCAUCACCCGAUUGAGGUGGAGUCCCAUGCGUCCGUGCAGUACCGUUUGGCACCAUUAAAAGAGGCUAUUGACGUGGUGUUUUCACUAGUGGCUACAGUCGAAGGUGUGCAACGCCCAGGCUCGACAUUGGCUAUGAACGAGUGUGUGUUUGAUAUUGUUGUAGAAGAAGUGCUGCUUGAGGCGUUCCCGAGAGAUACGGUACUGCUCAUUACGUGGGUGUUGAUCCUGCUUGUUGUGAGUGGAACAUACGUGCUGCCAUAUCUGGAGAAGAAACUGGCACUGGCGUGUGAGGAAGACCGAGUAAAGGUGACGCAGACAAAGGAGUCCUAG